GCAAAAUACGACAUAAGACGAAUUGAAAUUGUUUCUUUUGUUCAGCCUUUGUCUUUCCAUCUUCACCAGAAGCUCCUUUCUCUGUUCCUAAGCGGAGUUAGGGGGUCAAAUUGAAAACCAAAACGCAUACAAUUACAAUAACACGUUAAUGCUAAUGUCGCAUUCCCUUUUUCGUUUGCCGUAAACGGGUCUCGUUUUUCUCAUAACCCACUGAAAAAUUUUGCAGCUUUGCCCCCAAAACUUGAACAGAGGAUCUCUAUUCACCCAAUUCCUCAUCCCCAUGGAAGAAUCAAGUGAACUGCAGUCAGAAGAAAAUAAAGUCUCCAUGGAGAAAAAUAAGAAAAGAAAACUGAAAACACCUGCCCAGGUUAUGGCUUUGGAGAAAUUUUAUAAUGUGCACAAAUAUCCUACAGAGGAAAUGAAAGUAGAACUUGCUGAGGAGUUAGGAUUGACAGAAAAGCAGAUAUCUGGAUGGUUUUGUCACAGACGGUUAAAAGACAAAAGAUUGUCAAAAGAUGAAACUGUUGCUAAUGGACGACAAGAUCGUUCAAGUGGUGUCAUCCAGGAUCGUGGCAGUGGACUUGGGCAAGAUUCAUGUGGAAGCAGUAAACAUGCUGAUUAUAAGUAUCUGGAUCCUAAGGAGGUUGAGAGCCAUGGCCUCUACAAUCAUGAAUUUUCAGUUGCAGAUAUGACCCAUGGACGUAGGAACUGUUAUCGUGAAAACGACAGUGAAAUGGAUGACACAUCCUCUGAGAGCAGCUCAUUUUUGCAAGAAAGGUUGUUUCCUCAAGGCCAGGAUCCGUAUGAUAUGGAGCCUUCUAGAUAUCUUACACCUAACGGAGCUCUUCCACCUGUAAAUCCCAAAGGUGCAAUUAACAUGGGAUAUAAACCAUCAGGAUAUUUGAAAGUGAAGGGUGAGAUAGAACAUGCUGCUAUAACUGCUGUUAAGAAGCAAUUAGGAAGGCAUUACCACGAAGAUGGUCCACUACUUGGCGUAGAAUUUGAUCCACUUCCCCCAGGUGCAUUUGAAGGCCAAACUGCUGAUCUAGUUAAUGAACCAUAUGGUGUUGCAAAUCCUCCUCAUCCAAAUUCUCCAGAAAUCUCAGCUGUAAAAAGGCAACCCAAUCUUAGCUCUAGAUAUGAUUCAUAUAAUGCUAAAUUUAAUUCCCAAGAUUCACAUAUAGAAGGAGCUGACUUUGGCUCCUUGCAUGAAUCUGAUUUCCAGGAUAAACAAGAUAAAAAAGCCCGCCAGAAUAUAAAACAAAGGCAAGCAUUUUAUAGUCAUGCUCAUCAUUUUCCUGGAAGGAACUCUUCCCUAGAUUUGUAUGAAGACUCUCCUGGAGAAGCAUCUGCUUAUAAUAGUAAGAAUCAUAGAAUGAGCACUAAGCAUGGUGUUGAGGGGAUGAGAUCUGAUUCUGCUUCUAACCACAGUGAUCAUUAUGAAGAGAAGCUUGCAGUUAAGCAGACAGACUUGCUGCGACACGGUUAUGAUAACAUCAAGCCAAAGAAUAUACAACGGAGAGAACACGUAAAAUCUAAACCGUCAAGUUCAAUUCGAAAUUCCCGAGUUUCUAUGGAUACUGAAGAAAGGGGGUUAUCUGCUAGGAUCACAAAGGAAGAGAUGUUUAAGGGGGACAGGAAGACAAAAAAUACAUAUCGUGAUGUAGAUGGAGCAGGGAUGCUUUCAAAUGAAAUCACAGUUGCAAAACGAGUUAAAGUUGAUACAUUUCAACAAUACAAAAUGAAAAACUCACCUGGUGCUGAGAUGGAACAAAGGAAAAAUCAGAGAUCAGCUGCAGAGAUGCCGUCUAGUUUUAGCGAGGAUGAAACUGCUGACACCAGUUCCUCACUGGAUUAUUAAGUGCUGUUGAUAGAUGGUGAAAGUGUGGCAGAGUUUCUCUAUGCCAUUGGGUAUGUACAGUCUAAAAAGACACAUACAUUUUCCCACUAACAUGGGAAGCACUGUUUCUAGAAGCAAUAGUAGUCACACGACUUACUGACUCCAUUUGCUGUUUGUUCCUAUUUGCCUUUGUAAAAAAAUGCCCUUGUUAUUUUUUUGAUGUAAAAUUCUCAUUUUCUGCAGCUGAUUGUGGUAGGUAGGAGGUAUCAAAAUGCAGCUUUACAUACAUGUCAUUUGUCUUAUUGGUUUAAUUAUGGUAGUGCGUUUGGCAUCCUAAUUUGAUCCUUGCUUGAGAGAGUUAGCUACUUCUACUUUAUGCUUUUUAACAAUUUGUUUCAUUAGUUUUGUAUUGAUUACCCCACAUUCAUGUCCGUCUAGUGUGGACAUUAUUCACUAGUUGGUGGGAUUUAAACUUACUAGUGUAAUUGUGUGUACAUCCCACGUUUAAUUAGUAGGUUUAGUUUGAAAUCCUUCUCACUUAACAAUAAUAGAAGUCUUGUGAUG